UUCACAUUGAAGAAUGGAGGAGAAGAGUGAGGAGUCCUUCUCUGUGCGAGUGUUCUCCAUGCAGGAGGAGCUGAGGGCCGAGGAGGAUCACAUGGAGACACAUGAGGAGCUGCAGGAGGAGGUGAGCCAGGAGCAGCAGGUCAGUGUGAGCAGACAGAGGGCGGAGCAGGAGCUCACUCUGCUCCUCACCACUGGACGGGAGGAGCAGCAGCUCACUGUGCAGGAUGCCAGCAGAGCAUCCGUCUUCCAGUUCACUGUCUCUGAGGAGAUGGACUGCUGCCAGGUGGGAGGACAGACCUUCCUGGUCACCGUAGGCAAGCUGAGUCUUCUGCUGCAGUUCAAAACUCCAACUGACAUGAAGAACUUCCAGCAGUUACUGAAGACGGGAGAUGAUGACGGGACGAGGAAAGGAUGCACCGAAGUAGGGACGAGAGGAAGCAAGGAUGGAGGCCAAACACCUUCUCGUAGACAUCCCAUGAUGUUGGAAACAAGGACUGAGAAUGCUCCGACACAGGACUACCAGUUCCACAGCUGUCUGUCCCAGCAGCAGAUCCUGCUUCAGGACUACCCGAGGACGGCCACAUACCAAAAAGCCAUUUUACUCAACGAGAGUGACUUCAGAGGCAAGGUGGUUCUGGAUGUGUGCUGUGGUUCUGCUAUUCUGUCUUUCUUUGCUCUUCAGGCAGGGGCCACCAAAGUGUACACUGUUGAGUCCAGCCCCAUGGCCAAAUACACGAAGAUCCUGGUCCAGAGUAACGGUAUGUCUGAGCGGAUCGAGGUCCUAGAAGGCAAUGUGGAGGAGGUCAUAUGUCCUGAGCCUGUAGAUGUCAUUGUCUCUGAGCCAAUGGGAUACAUGCUGCUCAGUGAUAGACUCUUGGAGAGCUUCUUGCAUGCCAGAAAAUGGCUCAAACCCAAUGGUCUGAUGUUUCCCUCCAUCGGAGAUAUUCAUCUGGCUCCCUUCAGUGACGAGCAGCUGUACUUCGAACACUACGCACGGGCUACUUUCUGGUCUCUCUCACACACAAAGCACAGCUCCAUGCAUGAGGACGCAAACACACAGGCUCCCUUUCUUCCCCUGUCUCUCACACACACACACACACACACACACACACACACACACACACACACACACACACACACACACACACACACACACACACACACACACACACAUUCCCCCGUGCUUGACCUCAGUCAGGCAUGUUUCCUGCCGGGUGUAAAACGCUCCGUUUCAGUCCAGUCCUGACUCUUACAGACCAACCAAGGGUUUGACUGAUAUGGGUUUUUGUAGGCUGAUUUGUACUUUUAAGAAUCAUUGAGUUAUCUUUGCUGAAGAAGUGUGUGAUCCUUUAUGGCAGUCGUUUAAUUUUGGUGAAACUGGAUCAUAAUUUAUAGAAAAAUGUUUUCUGGUCUCCAUUUGAUGGUUUGUCAGCUCGUUAGCUAUUAGCUUAGUGGUAUUACAAGACAGCAUGUGCCGGUGCUAGCCCUUUAGCAUGCUAAUAUCAUUAGAUAUCGCUGUCACACAAUAACUCAAACACCGUUCCCUCUUUACAUAAUGUUGGUCACAAUGUUUAAGCAUUUGGCACGGACAGAUGCUGAUUAUAUUCUUGUAUUUCUGGAAAAGCUGUGCUUACAAUGCAACCUCUGUUGUGCAGUUUGUUUGUGCACAAGUGUAUGCAAGCAUAUCUGUGUGUGUGUGUGUGUGUGUGUGUGUGUGUGUGUGUGUGUGUGUGUGUGUGUGUGUGUGUGUGUGUGUGUGUGUGUGUGUGUGUGUGUGUGUGUGUGUGUGUGUGUGUGUGUGUGUCAGGCUCAGUCAGCCUUGAGGAAUGAAGGUUAACUACAAUCUUAAGCAAAACCACUUUAGCAGUGACACUAUUGGACCGAUAACAGUAACAUUCUUUGGCUUUACACAUUUGUUAUCUAACCUAAAAUCUAAAAGGAGGCUCCAUGAGAGUUGGUAGUUUUGCGAGCAUCACUCUUCUUUCCUCAGGCAGCAGAGAAGCUUCUAUGGGGUUAACCUGAGCGCUCUUCACAGCGCUGCAAUG